AGAUGUGGUGUUGUGUACAGUGCUUGUCUGUCUAUGCAGUCAGUGUCAAUAUUCAAUCAGCUAUAUCGCAGAUAAUUACAGUAAUGUCAGACACACGUGCCACACGCACCUCUCUGUCACUGCACUCCUGCCUGAUCGGGUCAUCCAAAAAACAAUGGCCCCUGCUGCUGUACAAGCCCUCCUACCAAGCCUCCCUCCCGUCACCCCUCGCUCAUUCAUCUCGGCAUUUCCUGUCUGUCACUCAUCAUAUCCCCUCAUUGAUUCAUUCAGUCGUUGUCUUGUGUGAGGAAGACGCCGUCGAUCAUCCAGCAGCCGCGGUGCAGGCUCAGCCGAAAGUCCACCUCCUUACGGAAGAACUCACGGUCGCUCCACGACUGGAAGUUCGGAUGGUGGCCCUCCAGCACCACUCGCUGCACGCAGUGCUCCUUGUUGCUGUCGUACUGAGGCGGACCCACAAACUCAAACGUGUCGCGGUUCAGCAGCACUCGGUACUCAGAGUUGCGCAGAUAGCUGCCGUACUGCGCUGGGUUGAAGUUGCUGAUGAUGUUGUCACGGGAGGCGUGCUUGAUCGUCACUGCGGCACCGUGGUCAAGCUGCGGGUCGUCGUUGGUCUGCAGGGCGUCCAGCACCUUCUCAAUCACCACCCGGGCGUCCUCGCCAGGCUGCGGCAGGUCCCCCCGCCUCUCCAGAACAACCCACUGACCAAACCACUGCUCGGGGUGCUUCUCUGGCGGCGGGAGCUGCUCCUGACCACGGCCGCCCGACGCCUCGCCUUCUCCCUCAAUGGAUGCUCCAAGCCUCGACGUCUGCAGGUCGCCGUCCCUCGGAUCUCGCCUGCUCGGCUGGCGCAAUGAAUGGGACGACGGCGACAGAGAUCCAGAUGGCACAAACACGGGAUGCCAAGCCCAUGCAACGGGCAGAAUAAGGGCACUGAUGACACCUUUCAUCUUCCGCGGACACAUCGAGAGACACACAGACACAGGGAGGAAGAGA